CAAAAAAUACAACAAUUUUUUCUAAUCCGUUGUUCUAAACAUUCUCUACCAUGAAGCAUCUUCACUCUCCUCCUCCUUGUGUAACACGGGCUUCAUCCAUUUCUUCCACAGCACCCAUAACCUGUUCGACGAAAUUCCCAACCAAAAACCAUCCAAAUUCUUCAAAGCAACCUCCUUCUUUUCGUGUCCAAUCCUUGAAACGGUCUUCCAAGCCUUUAUCUCCAGGGCUUCAGAAGGAUCCUAAGAAGGAUUUGUCGCGCAUUCUUCGAACUGAAGCUGCUAUCAAAGGUGUAGAAAAUAAAGCCAAGUCGUGGAAACAUAAACAGCUCUGGCCUAAGGCUGUUCUUGAAGCAUUGGAUGAUGCCAUUAAAGGGUGUCAGUGGGAGAAUGCUCUCAUGAUUUUCGAACUUCUUCGAAAUCAACAUUGGUAUGAACCGAGAUGCCAAACUUAUACAAAGUUGUUGAUGAUGCUUAGCAAGUGCAAGCAGCCUAAAGAAGCUAGUCAGCUCCUUGAGACCAUGUUGUUUGAAGGGCUUAAACCUACUGUUGAUGUCUACACCGCACUUGUAAGGGUUUAUGGACAAAGUGGUCUCUUUCGUCACGCAUUUUCUAUUGUUGAAGAUAUGAAAUCAGUUGCUGAUUGCAAACCAGAUGUUUAUACAUACUCUGUUCUUAUAAGUUGCUGUGCAAAAUUUCAUCGGUUUGAUUUAAUUGAACAGGUUCUUGUGGAUAUGUCAUAUUUGGGCAUUGAAUGCAACAAUGUGACGUAUAAUUCAAUAAUCGACGGAUAUGGUAAGGCUGGCAUGUUUGAGCAAAUGGAGAAUUCAUUGACAGAUAUGAUUGAAAAUGAAAACUGUCAACCGGAUAUUUUCACGCUGAAUUCUUUGAUAGGAUCAUAUGGAAAUGGUGGGAAAAUUGAUCAAAUGGAGAAGUGGUAUGAUGAAUUUCAACUAAUGGGCAUAAAGCCUGACAUAAAGACAUUCAACAUGAUGAUAAAGUCGUACGGCAAAGCAGGCAUUUACGAUAAGAUGAAUGCCGUGAUGGAUUUCAUGGAGAGGAGGUUUUUCACUCCGACGAUUGUAACAUAUAAUACUGUCGUUGAAGUUUAUGGAAAAGCCGGAGAAAUUGAGAAGAUGAAUAACCAGUUUAAGAAAAUGAAGCAUUUAGGAAUGAAACCUAAUUCUGUAACGUAUUGCUCGCUUGUAAGUGCGUAUAGCAAAGCUGGGCUUAUUGACAAAGUUGACUCAAUCUUGAGGCAUGUAGAAAAUUCUGAUGUUGUUUUGGACACUCCCUUCUUUAAUUGCAUAAUUAGUGCUUAUGGUCAAGCUGGCGACUUAAAAAAGAUGGGCGAGUUAUUCUUGGCAAUGAGAGAAAGAAAAUGCAAACCUGAUAGCACCACCUUUGCGUGCAUGAUCCAGGCUUACAACACCCAAGGCAUGACUGAGGAUGCUAAAAAGAUGGAGGACAUGAUGAUUACUUCUAAAGAUAGCUUAGAUACUAAGUUGAUUGGAUGCUAGCAUGGCCAAUUUUGAUAGCAGACUACACGUAUCUAUUCAUCGAUUUCCACGGUGAUCCUAACUUGGAGAGAUUUGUGAACUUUAUCAGGUAAACAUAGUUUCUUCUUGAAUACAUUACUAUUUUCAUGGAAAACCUUCCUGUACCUUUCAAUUUAGUAGUUUACUAUUCUCAGGAGUAUAUAGUUUUUUUAUUUUUAUUUAUAGUAGUUAGAUAACAAAGAUAAUAUAAAAUUGUUAUCUUCUAACAAUGAUACAUUGAUGACUUUGGAUGAGAUUCUUUCAAAUGAUCGAUUUUCAACAGAAUCAGUUUUCAAAAUUUUAACUGUAUUUGAAUAUCACAUGCAUGAAAGGCAUUGUCAUCGUUGGAGUGUGUACAUUAAACAAAGUGUAUGUUUGGAUUGACGGUGCGUUCAGCGGAAUCACGGUGUAUCAUGAUUAUAGCAAAAGCUAAACUUUAGAGUUUCAACAAAACUUUGGUAUCGCCGUGAUUUCAAACAUACACUAGGUCACUAGAAGUAGCGUCGACCAAAUUCAAGUGCCCUAUUGAUGGACUAUUUACUCUAUCAUGCAAUGCAAGAGAUUCAGUCAACCAAUUGGUGAUCCAUUCUAGAGUAGAGUAAUCCAAGUUCUUGAGGAGAUGGUUGAUGAUUGGAAGUCUAUACAAAAUCUACCCAGCUUCCUUUCCUCUGCACUGUAAUUAGCAUAGUCCGAUCCUACAAAUACAUAUUGUACAAAUUACUAAUUAGUACAAUAUAGUGAGUUAUAUAUAUUUCAGUUUAUUGAGAUAUGUAAAUUCAUAAUACUUUUCCUCUAUCUAAUACUUACUGACCUUGUAUUUAUUGUUCAUAUUUUCUUCAUAAUGCAAAUAAAAGAAUAAUAAAUAAAUAAAUGAAUAAGAAAAUUAAUGUUCUUUUAUCAGUAGUGAGUGUUUCACAUUAGUUUUAGACUAUGAAAGUAAUAAUGUGAAUAAUUUUAAAACAAGUAAAUAUAUAUAUUACAUUAAAAAUUGAAAACUGAAAAUAAAAAUUAUUUUAAUUUUUUUUAAUGUGACAUUCAUUAUAAAACAAUAAAAAUAUAAAA